AUGCGGAGCGCCUUCAAGUGCUACAAGCUACUGAAAAUUGCAAUGGGAGAGGAGAAGAUGCCGGGGGAAGGAGAUGCCCGCGAUCGGUGGAUUGAGAAGAGCGCAGUGCUGUACGACCUCAUCCUCCAAUCGGUCAACAAUGACAUGUUCCAGCACAUCAAGGAUUUGGUGGAGUUGGAUGAUUCCGGACCGAAGGCAUGGAAGCUGCUACGCGACGUGAUUCAGCCCAACAUGCUGCCGAUGGUGAUUGUGUUGGAGAAAGAGUUGGCUGCCCUCUCCAUGAAACCAAGAGAUGAUGUGAAACCGGUCCUUGACAAGAUCAAGGACACCUAUGCGAGGAUGGCAGCGGCGGGCAGCGAAGUGUCGCAGAUGCAACAGUGCACCAAGAUCAUCUCGGUGCUCGACAAUUCGUGGGACAACCUCAUCCCCACCCUCAACGUUCAGCGGGACAAAUGGACGCCUGAGUGGUUAUGGCAGCAGAUUCUGCAGGAGGACUUCCGCAGGCGCCACACGGGAGGUGGUGCUGCCAACAAAACUGCUGAGGGCCGGCCUGAAGGAUGGGCCCCUCCAAGCAUGAAGCCGCCAGGUGGUGAACGUGCACGCGGUGACGCUGUGCAAGGUUCAGGUGCACAAGGUGAUGGUGCACAAGGUAAAGCCGACCCUGUGAUGUUCCUCAUGGUUGAGGAUGUGCAAGGGAGUGGGGGUGAUGUGGGUUCAGUUGGGAAGGUUGUGAUGCACCCCCUCACUCACUGGGUGAUCGAUUCAGGUUGCACGAGUCAUAUGACCCCACGGGCAGAUUUGCUUGACGAGGUAAGACCUCCUGGGAAGAUCAAGUUUGUGGCUGCCGCUUCAGGUGCUUUGCUCCCUGUGAUUGGUGUUAGGAAUGCCAAGGUGAUGGGAGCCAAUGGAGAGCUUGUGGGGCUUGGGAAUGUGCUGUUGGUUGAAGGUUUGUCCGCUAACCUUUUUUCUGUGCGCCGGCUGGAGAAGAGCGAGGCUGAAGUUACCUUCGGCCCAACCAGCUGCCGUGCAAAGCUUGGGAAGUUGCUGCUGUGGAACUUGGAGAAGAAGAGCAGCUGCAUCAAGAACAUGUGGCAGCUACCCAUCAUCCCUUGGAAUGGGAAACCACCAGCAACGGCAGCGGCUGCAGCAACGGCUGAGGCAUCUGCAGGAAGAGAGGAGACCGCACCAACUGAUGGGGCCCUGGAUGUAGUCAAGAAGGUGCAGCAGCCACAGCAGCCACAUGGUGAGGUGCUUGCUGGUGUGGAUGCGAUCGCUGCAUGGGCAAAGGCUUCAUCUGGGAAUGGUGAUGCCGAUUGGGAGACGUGGCACGAGAGGUUGUGUCACAUUAACAUUCCGAUGCUGCAGAAAUUAGUGGAGGAUGGGAGCGUGAAGGGGGCAGUGAAGGAGAUUCGGUGCUGCCCAACAUGCCUUGAGACUAAAUUCACCAAGUUCUCCUUCAGCACCAGCACGGGACCAGCCAAGGUUCCACUUGCACUUGUGCACAUGGACGUGGUGGGCCCCACGAGGGCCCUUUCUCUCUCGGGCAGCCGCUACUUCUUGACGAUUGUGGACGACCACACGCGUGCGGUGUGGGUGUACCCUUUGAAGACUAAGGGUGAGGUGGCAGCGGGUGUUCUUAAGAAGUGGAUGCCAAGAACUCUAAGGGAGAGCGGACACAAGGUGAAUGUGAUCCGCACCGAUACUGGGGGAGAGUUCAUUGGUAAUGAGUUUGAGGUGAUGCUGAAGAAGAAGGGGAUCCAGCAUCAGCUCACAGUGUUCUACAACCCUUCGCAGAACGGCGUGGCUGAGCGGUUCAACCGGACCCUGCAGGAAAGUGCUCACACUCUCUUUGGGAGUGCAGGGCUGCCGGAUCCGUUUUGGGUGACUGCAAUGCGGCAGGUCGCCCUUGUGAAGAACAGGGUGCUGGCGACUGUGGGGGACAAGCAGUGGGUCCCCUACACCAUGUGGUAUGGGAGUGUAUCAGCAGUCAACAUGCUGAGAGCCUUCGGUUGCAUGGUGGUGUUUCAUGUGCCUAAGGAGAAGAGGGGAAAAAUGGACGCUUCUGGGAGAUGGGGUGUGCACUUGGGGCUUGCUAAGGAUCACAAGGGCUGGCUGAUUUGGGACUUGACCAGCCAGCAGCUGACUGUGUCAAGGGAUGUGAAGUUCCUCGAGUCCUUAUACUACAAGGAGUGGAAGGAGCAGCAGCAGAAGCUUCCCGCUACACCGCUGGUUAUUGAGGCUGAUGAGGUGCAGCGGCCUUCGAGGCAGGUACAGGUCACUGUCUCUGAGGAUGAGAUCUCUGGGGUGUCUGAGGAUGGGGGAGAACCUGAGGUUGAGGAGCAGCAGCAGCCGUAG